AUAAUUUUUGAAACUCAUGCUGUUGUUACCGCAGGUUGAAUUCAAAAUCGUGUGUGCCAAAUAAAGACUGGUUCUUUAUUAAUAGUAGAUGACAUAUUUGUAUUGAAUAAACAAAACAUUGCGUAAGAUGCCGUUCAGCAGUCUCUUUCGUAAAAAGAAAGACAAAGUGGUGGCAACCAAACCUCAACCACCACCAGCACCAGCUGUAACAGCUUCUCUUGAAGAUAAUGCUGUGAAACAAAAACUGGUUUUCAAUGCACAGCUUGCUCAAGGAAGCCCAACAGCAAGUAUUGAAGGUUUUUCAAACGUUAAAGAACUUUACAAGAAACUUUCUGAAGCUUUUAAUAUUCCUGUUUCAGAGAUAAUCUUCUGUACAUUGAACACUCACAAGUGUGAUAUGGAGAGAUUGCUUGGGGCACAAAUCGGUUUGGAUGAUUUCAUAUUUGUGCACACCAAAGGUGAAAAGAAAGUUUUAACCCUAACCAAGUCUGAAGCAGCUCUUGGGUUGACAAUUACCGAUAAUGGAGCUGGUUAUCCAUUUGUCAAACGAAUUCGGGCUGGUUCAGUUGUUGAGAAAUAUGAAACAGUUUGUGUUGGUGAUCAUAUUGAAUCAAUAGACAAUGUGUCUACUGUUGGAACAAGACAUUUCCAGGUAGCUAAACAACUCAAGGACAUUCCACUCAACACAACAUUUCUUCUCACACUGGUGGAACCUAAGAAAGGAUUUGACAUGAUUGCGCAACGUGGGGCAGGUAAGGCAGCUCCAAGCAGUAACAACCUUGGGACAGGCAAGUCAACUGUACGUCUACGGUCUAAAGGUCCUGCCACAUUGGAAGAAGCUCCUUCGGAAGAUGAUGGCAAAGCUGUUGCGAGGAUCGAAGAUUUAUUAGAAAGUUUCAUGGGAAUACGGGAUGCUGAUUUAUCAAGUACAAUAUGGGAAUGUGGGAAGAGCAAAAACAAUCCAGAUGAGUUUGUUUCUUCUUUGAAUGAUCAGCUUGGGGAAUUUGGAUUCCCGCAAGAAUUUAUCUUCGAUGUGUGGGGCGUGGUGCUGGAUAUGAGGUCGAAAAACACAUUUUAAUUUUUCGCAGUUGAGAACCAUUUUAACACUGCAAUUAUUAUCGUCAUAAAUCACAUUUUAUCAUUGGUGCAAUUUAUAAUUUUAUCAUCAAAUGUUGAAAAUUGUGAAGCAUUAAGUCACUGUGGCUGGUUGCAAUUUUAAUUCUAUCCAAUCAGCAAUUUAAAUGUUUUAUUAUUCAUUCCAUUGGAUGUUUUAUAAGUGCUCCGAUUUCUAUUCGAUUUUGUUGUGAAAAACCCUGUGUAGUUUCAUAUUAAAAGUUAUCGUAAAAUGACCUG